UCAUGAUUACGCAGACGGUUCUAAACACAGAACGACACCACUGUUACAGCUAGUUGCGAAGUGUAUGGUAUUGUGUUGUGUGACGGCACCGAAAUGGUGUUCUUCUUUCAGCUUCUGUUCUCCACAAUAUCUAUGAUUACGACCAUAUUGUCAGCUAAGGAAUGCAUGGAUGGCCAGUUCUCUCCUGACCCAACCGACUGUGCCAGAUACUACGAGUGCAACCACGGAAAGCUGAUUCUGCGGGACUGCGGUCCAGGAACAUACUGGAACCCUGCCUACAACGUGUGUGACUGGCCUUAUAAUGUCGACUGUAAACCUUGGUCUUCAGACAGCACGGAAUCUGGACCACCACACGUUGAGUUUGAUAAACACUGGUAGUUCGUCAUUUCUACAGAGGAAUAUUCGACCGUUAUCAACCGAAUAUACUAUUCAUUAAGUAUUUAUAUGCAGAUAAAAGUUAAUAUGAAAGAAAUACUUCACUACAAUUUUGUUUGUAUUGAGCAUCACUUUCUUCUAUAUUUACAUAAAAUGUUGUACGCAAUUCAACAAUCAGAUACAUUUAUAUAUGUUUUUUUU